CAAACAAAAUGGUAUCACGUAUGUCUGACAGACAAGUGAAGUUAGACAUCUUUUAUUAUGCUUAAAAUUUAUCAUGAUUUGCUGAAUGGAAUCAAUGAAAUGAAAGGAAUUGUAGAUUUUGAAGGUUUAGUUAAUUAAUUCUUGAAGUUUAACGAGUAACAAAUUAAACUGAAGUUUGUGAAUAAAGUGAGUGGUCUGUAAAGGACAUUUGAUGAAAUGGAGGUUUAUUACAAACCCAGUGACAUAGUCUGGGUUAAACUGGGACCAUUUUGGUGGCCAGGUGAAGUUAUAGACAAAACAAGUGUACCAGGCGAUCUUUUCGAAUCUCUAAAAAGAGAGCCAAUAGCAAUAGUAAAAUUUUUCGACGAUGAUGGAUAUUAUGAAAUCGUCAAAACCCCAGAAGGAAUUUUUCCUUACAAUUGUGACAGAAAAUAUGAUUUUAUCAAGAAAGGAAUGGACGCUUUUAGAGCUAAAAAUCCUAAGCUCACUUCAUUCCCAAAGGAUGUUAGCGCUGCGGAAGUGAAGACUGGUGGUAAUGCAAACAUACUGAGUGAUCCUGUUUUUACCACAGAACGUAAAAGGAAUUAUGCUGCAGAAAUUUUUGGAUCUCCUGUUGUUAAAAAACCUAGAGAAAAUAUGAAGGGUCGUUCAACUAAAUCAGAGCCUCUCAUAACGCACAGAAGGUUUCUUGGGUAUGAUGACUACCAAGCCCGUGUCCUCAACCCAAAAUCCGAGGAAGCUAAUUCAGAAGAAGAAAAUGCACCAGCUGUAGUACCUAAAGAAAAUAUCCUCAAAAAAUUCACCUGUCCCAUCUGUCAGUUCAGCAGUGACAGAUUGGGCAUACUGAUGAAGCAUACUAGUUGUCAUGUCAAAGACGUGAGCUUCCAGUCUAGGCAGCCUAUAAAGAAACCUCAGAAACGAAAGAGAAGGAAAGCAUUGAGUGAUGAAGAACUUUCUGGUGAUGAGAAAAGGACCAAGACCAAGAGAAAAUAUACAAAGAAAAAAGUUGAUGAAUCCAUUCUUGCAGAUGAUGAGAGGAGUGAAAAUGAUGCAUCAAUGGUUACUAACGACUCUCCAAAGCGUAAAAACACAAAGAAAAAUGAACAGUCAAUAGUAGCAGAGGAGGAGAAGAAGGAUAUUUGUAAUGAUAUAAUAGCUGAUUGGGAUGAUGAAAGUAACCAUGAAGAAGCGUCAGAAGAAACAUUGAAUGAGACCCUGGAGAAAUCUGAAGAUCCAGUGAAUGACUCUUCAUUAGCUGAUUCUUCAUAUGCAGAUUCUUCCUUUGUCCUACACCUUACAGGCGAAGAUCUUGAUUCAACAAAAAUAUCAAGUGAAAUAACUGAAGAACAAGAAGAAAAUAAAUCUACUGAAGAAAAGACAGAGAAAAAUGCUAAUAAAUCUUGCUUUGAUUUUGAUGAUGAUGAAGAAGAUGCAAAAAUACCAGAUGCUACUUCUGGAAGAAAAAUACCUAGAGUUAUACCGAUAUCAGACCGUAGAAAAACUUUUGAGUUUGAUGAUGACCUUAUUAACGUAGAAGAAGAGAAAAAGAAAAAGCAAAUUCUUGAAGAAUCAGAAGAAUUGGCAAAGUUAGCUGAAUCUUCAAUAGAAAUGGAUAAAGAAACUGAAAACUUUGAAAAGACCUAUCAAUCUCUGAUGGACUCAACUGAAAAUAUUGAUCUUCCAGAUGUUCCAAAUUUACUCAAAACGGAACAAAAUUUUCACUCUGCUAAAGCAGUCAAGUACCCCGAUAAAGCCGAAAGAGAAUCUUCAGAUUUGAUUGAGGCUGAAGUUGUUGAAGAGAAAUUAGAAGAAUCAGAGAAAACAGAAGUUGUUGAAGGAAAAUUGGAAGAGUCAGAAAAAACGGAAGUUGUUGAAGAAACAACUGUUGCAAAACCUGAUACUGAGGCAGUUAUCACUUUGACGGUAGAUAAAAAUCUGGAACAACAGCCUGAAUUAGUUCAAAGUAGUACAUUAGAUGAAGAGUUGUUAGAUAUGGAAUCUGAACUAACAUUGUCCAAAAGCAAAACGAAGAAAAGAAGCAAAAACACAAAAAGAGGUCGGAAACCUACCAGACCGAGGCUGGAAGUAACGGAAUCUAAUAUUGAUGCUUUAUUAUUAAAACAAGCAGAGGAAUCUGAGAAUUUCAAAGAUGAAACAGAUUCAGAACCUUCAAGUAUUCAAGUGCCAUUAAAUACCCCUUCUCUUACUGGAGAACAGACAGCAGUUGGUCUUGAUGUUUCAACAGAAUCUAUAGAAAUGCAAGAUGUCAAUUCUAAACAAAAAGUCCAAGAAGAAUCAACUGAUAUCAAUACAGUCAAUAUUGAUAUUAGUCUUGAUGAAAAUGUUAAUACAGAAGAGAUUCUGAUUGAGAAAGAGCAGGAUAAAAAACAGGAUAUUGAGAUUCUUGUGAAAAAUACAACUGUAGCAAUAGAAACAGUGUUGGAAAAAUCUGCAGAUAUUUCUGAUGAAAAAACCACAGUUACAGAAGUAUCUGAAUAUCUCAGUACAAACGAUUCUCUUGAAACGAACGAAAACCAAGCAAAUAUAGAUAUCGAAGUUGCCAAAAAAAAAUUAAAUCCUGUUGAAGACGACAGGAUUACGGAUGAUGAACAUCAACCAGUAACAAAAAGAAAAAAGACUACACAUAAUUAUUCCAAAUCAUUCGAUGGUAAUGAUAACCCAACACAAAGUAAUAGGAGAGGGCGUAGCAGAGAUUCCAAAAUUGAAGUUAGUUCCUUAGCAGAAAGUAAUAGUCAAAACGAACAAAAAAAAUCUGGAUCAUGUAGAAAAUCAUCUAGAUGGGAAAGAAAAUCAUUGAAUAAGGACAAAAGAACAUCAGAGGAUGAAACUUCGCUAGAGUCUCUAAUCCCAAGUCCAGAGGAAAUAAAUACUGUGAUUCUUGGCACAUCCCAUUCCAAAAAACAUAUCACCACCCCUAUUGAUGAACAUAAAUCUCUGCCUGGCACUAAUGAGCAGAGUAUUGAAGAUUUGAAACCACCAGCAAGUGAAAUAACAGAGGAAAAAAAUUCUUCAGCUGAUUCUGUACCUAAUGAAUUACCCCCUAUCGAAUCAUAUUUAGAAGUUGAAGCAACUAAAAAUACUGUAAAUGAGGAAUCACAAACAAAACAAGAAUCAAAUGAAUUGAAAACAAAUGAAAAUAAUCAAGCAGAUGAAAGUACUUCCAAAAAAAUUGAAGAACCUGCAGAAGAUCAUAAAUCCCAUCAUAAAAGUUCUAGAAAGGAAAAGAAAUCGAGCAAAAGCGAAAAAGUUGAAUCUUCCCACCGUAGUUCCAGAAGUGGAAGAAGAUCAAGCAGACAUGAGAAAGAGAAACAAGAGUCAUCCCAAAGCCGUAAAUCGGUUUCUCAUGAAGAAACUGCCGUCAAACAUCCCAAAGAAACUUACUCUAAGAAAUCUCGUAGUAGUACCUCGAGAGAUUUGCAUAAUCGUAGUAAAGAAAGUCCUCUUAAUGAUCUAGAAGAUAAUAUUCUUCAAAAAAGUACCGGAGCAGAUAAAAAAACUGGCCAAAGUUCUCAAAAACAUAAGGCUUCACCCGUAAAAGAUCAUAUUGUGGAUGACCAAAAAGAACAUAUUUCAUCUAGUCGUAGUUCUAGGAAACAUGGUAGUAGAUCUGCUAGGAGCUCUAGAAGCUCAUUAAAAGAGCCUGAAAUUAAAGAAAGAAAACUGACUAUAGGUAAAGAACCUGAAAAUAGUAACUUACUGAAAACAGAAGAAAUUAUAGAUAGAUCACAAUCAAAUCACAUGAAAUUAGCAGGACCUCUAAUACAGGAUGAAGUUGACCCCAUAAAAGAUUUAUUUUUCCCAUCUGACACUGUUGUAAAAACAAGAGAACAAAAACGAGAAGAGUUGAAGAGCAUAUUCUCAUUUGAUUACGAUGAGAAAGAUCUUAAAAAAAGGAGAACUUAUGGCCACAAGCGAAAAUCCAAACAGGAGAAAACUGCUACUGAAAGUGGAGUACCACAAAAGGAUGAAAUUGCAACAGCAGAGCAGGUGAAUAAAACUGUAGAGUGCCAAAUGGCGGAUGUUACCUCUUAUCUUUCCCCUGAUUUAUCGAAAACAUCUCUUAUUGAGAAAAAUGAGUCAGUCACUCCUAACAUGGAACUUUCUCAAGAGGCUUUGGCAGAAGUUCAAGGAAAAAAUGAAGAUGUAGUUGAUGUAAAGGAAGAAGAAAAAUCAGAAACGGCAGAAAAAAGAGAAGUUUCUCAUUCAUCUGAAGUCCAACAUAUUGAAACAACAGUUCAUCAAGAAGAGUCUGCAAAUACUAAAACACAAAAUGAAAUGGAGGUUCUGCUCAAUGCAGAUCAAGAAGAUAAGUUAGUAGAACGUUCAGAAAAUGAGGGAGACGUUACAUCCGAGCAUGUUAAGGAACAUAUUACUCAUAAAAUUUCUCAACCACAACCGGAAAGUGUUGAUACCAAACUAAAUAAAACUGAAAUUGAAUUGAAUGACACAGAAAAAACUAAAGAAGUUGAAAAAAGUCCAAAGAUAAUUUCAAAGAAGAAUCGAAAACCUAGUAGGUGGGAUCAAAAAGAAAAAACAAACAAAAGUGUCAAUCAAGAACGAAAAACUCGUUGGGAUACAGUGCUAAAUGAAGAAGAAAAUCUAUUCCAAAAAUCAGAUACGGAAAGUGGAAAAGAAACUGUAGAAAACAAUGAAAAUCUUGAAAUUGAUGAAACAAGCCAAAAAGAAAUGAAUGAAAUAUUUUCUACAAAAGAAUCAAUAGAUCUUGCCGAGAAGAAUGCAGAACAGAUUGAGUUGAUUUUUGGAACUUCCCCGCUUCCAGGAUUCAAUGAAAAUAGUCUUUUAGUCAAAGAAAACUUGGAAACAGUCAAUGAGAAAAAAGAUUUUCUGUCAGUAUCUGAGAAGAUAAACGAAGAAGGUUUUCCAAGCGAAGUCCUUUCUCAAAAUUCAUCAUUUGAAAAUUCAUCUGAUUUGUUAGAAUCGGUUGAAAGUCAGGUAGCUAGAAUAACACAUUACGAAGAACCAAACAUGGAGAAAAAAGAGCCAAAUGAAGAUAAAUCCAAUGAACAUAAAAAAACUGGUUCAUCAAUAUUUGAUACUCCUGAAAAAAGUGAAAAAUCUACUGAUUCAUUAGAAGACAGAAUAGUUGUUGAAACUAGUUCAUUACCUGGAAGUUGCAGCUCCCAAUCUGAGGAAAUAUCGAUAAGUAAAGAACCUGCCCUCAAAAGUAAAAAAAUGUAUUUGCUAACAGAAAAGGCUAAAAAAGAAAAAGUAGAAAAGCCAUUUGAUUUUCCUAAAGAACAAUCAACUUGUCUUCAAGAGCAGCCUGUUCCAAGUAGAUCUGUUGAAAAAACUAAUGAAGUGGCCACAAAACUGACAAAUCCAAAGAAAAGAUUUGUGAAGUCUUUUGAAGAUUUUGAACUCAAUAAGCAGAAAGAAAAAUCCUUGGAGACUGUGAAAUCAAAUGCAACAGAAGUCAAGGUAGAGACGCCCUCGCUUACGAUUGGAAAGUCUCCCAUCGCUUUUAAAUUGAAGAAACAAUUUCUUUCGAAAAUCAGCAAUGUAUUUGAUGAAGAGGAUGACAAAAAAGAAACCAAACUCCUUCCUAAAUUGAAAUCAACUAAAAGUGAUGAUAAGUUCUUUCCUAAAAAGAAAGACUUGAUUUUUCCGGAUAAAAUAGAAAGGGAUACCACAAAAAGUUGUCAAGCUUCAGAUAGCCUGGAAACAAAAAUCGAAAAACCUUCUGAGACUGAUGAUGUAAUAUCGAAGAAUGUUCCAGAGAUCUCCCAAGUGGACCAAUCGCUUUCAUGGAAUAAGUCGUCUUUAGAAACUGAAGAAUUGUCUUUAGAGCAGUGUGAAGUGCCACAAGACACAAAUUCUAAAAGAAACGAUAAUCCUCCAUUGAAUGUCCCUGUUGAUUCAGAAAUGAAUUCUGUGCAAUGCUCUGGAGAUCCAAAUCAAAGUGACAUAGGCAAAUAUGAUGAAUUUAAUAAGUUAACAUCAGCUACGGUAUCUGAGUCUCUAGAUAGGCAAGAUAAUGACAUUGAUAUUUCAAAAACUGAAAUCAUAACCAAAAAUUUUCCUCUGGAUGAAAAUAAAAAAGAAGAAACAGAAUAUGUUUCUAUAGAUGGAAAUUUAACAGUUGUAUCAGAAAAAGAAUUAGCUGAAGGACAAGUAGAAAUAACAGCAAAUAUGCCCAGCAAAAAACCUAUGACACUUCUCAGUUUUUCUAUGGAUUUCUCUGAUGAGAGCAGUGAUGCAAGCUUCGAUGCUUUCAGGAAGGAGAAUAUACAAAAUAUUACAGAAUCACUUGAUACUAAAAAUGUAGGAGAUGACAAUAAAGAAAAAGAAAUUACCUUUGGUAAGAAGAAAGAACAGAUUGUCGUGAGUGAAAAAAAAAAUGUUAUCUUUGAUAAAAAAGACAAAACAGAUAAUGUUGAAAAUAAAGAUAAAAAACUAACAAUUAAUGAUAUAGAAAAGGAACAAGGGGAUCAUAUAAAAGAAAACCCGAUUCUCAAUGAAGUGGAAAAGGAACAUAAUCCUAAUGAAAUGGAGAAAGGACAUAAUCUUGAGGAAACAGAGAAGGGCCAGAAUCUUAAAGAAAUAGGAAAAGAACAGCAGACCAUUAAUAAAAUAGAGAAGGAACUAGUAGUUUUUGACACAGAAAAAGAACAAACAGUUGAUAAUAACGAGAAAAUUAUUGUCAAUAUAGAACAGCACGUAGGUGAAGAAAAGAAUACCACAGUUGAAAUUAAGGAGAGAUUAUUGUAUUUAGAUCAAAAUGUGAUUGAAGAAUUUGAAAUUAAAACUAGUCCUGGUAUUACUACUCCACAUUCAGACAAGAAGAAUGAAGCAAAAAUUGAAGGCAGUAGUAUCACAGAGUGCAACAAUAAAUCUAACAAAAUAGAAGAUGUCAAAAAAACUGACUGUAAUAAACUUUCUCUACUGAAUGAAGUAAAGACUCCUAUGAAAUCUUCAGAAUCUGGAUCCAUAAAACACAAGAAUAAGGAUUCUUCUAAGAAAAAAAUUAUCACUACUGAAGAGAUCCCAGUAGUUAAUGAACCACUGGUAAUCUACAACACAGCUAAAAGUUCAACUGUUACAGAUAUGUGUGAUUUAGAAGAUCACAUUCCAUCUCAAAUAGUAUGUACCAAGAAGGCUUUGAUAAAUGAAGAAGUGAUGAAAGUUGCUGGUAUCAACAAUGAAUUCUCCAAAGAGAGUGCCAUUCCAAAGACUGAACCUGAAAUGUCAAAAUUACUCAGCCGAUUGACUUCAGACAGGAAAGAAGAAAAUAAUUCCAAAAGUAGAGAGCUUGAUUCAAAAACUUUAAAGUCUGAACAAAUUGUUUCAAAGAACUUGUUGAAAAGUGCUAUAAAAAGCAAAAGCUUAAACACUAAUGUAUUACCUCCUUCUAAAUCUAUGAACAAAGCCAUUAUCUUAUCAGAAAAAAUUAUACGACCUGCUAGAGAAGUAGUAGGCACUCCAGGUAAUAUAGCUGUGAAGCGAACAUAUGAAGAUGUGGAGGAUAUAGAACCUUAUGUAAUAACCAAAACUCCCAAAAUUGAACCAAAAAAAGAUGAAAUAACUGGAUCCCAAAAGCUACCUAGCCCAUCAGCAUCAAAAUUAUCAGUUAGUUCUCCUAAACAAUUUAUUAUGAAUGCCAAUAAGCAGGUGAUAGGUAUCAAAAAAUCUUCUGGAAAAGCUAAAAUACUCAAUCAGACAAUCAUUCGACCAGCAGGUGAAACAAUUCAAAAUAAAGUACUGAUGGGAACUGAAGAUAAUGCAGAAUUUGACAUCAAUUCAAUGCCUAUUGUCCUAUCAGAUCAACUACUUACUCCAGAGACAUUAGAGAAUAUUCCUAUAGUUUUGGGUGAACAAGCUCAAAAAACUAUUCCUGUCAGUGAAAACAUGAAAAUAAUCAUAGAUAAAAAAGCUCAAAAUAGUUCUAAAGCAAUCAUGAAAACUGUACCAAUGUCUUCAGGAUCUGCUUCUCAAACAGUUAGAAUGCCCAUAUUGAAAAAGACAGCUCCGAAAAUUUUACAAACCUCAAAACCCCAACAAAAGAUCAUCAGGCAAGUAACUCCAACACUUGGCACAAAAUCUGGGAAGUUUGUGGUUGUAUCUGACAGUCCCAAUAGAACAGUACAAGUAAUGAAGAAACAACCAAAUCUACUGCGGAAGACUAUACCAAUUACAUGUGUAGCUUCUAGUACACCAAGUAAUCCAUCCGAGUCCACAGGUCAUAAGAUAAUGAUUUUCACAAAUCAGCAAGGUAAACAGCAGAGGUUGCUGUUGACUCCAGCUCAACAAAAAAUGUUCGGUAUGCAGCUACCAGGUAAAACUGUUGUAAAAAGUUCUGCAGUUGGUCAAAAAUCCCAAGUUGCCAAAGUUCAAACCAGCACUUUAGCUUCAACAUCUAAAUUGCUCAGUCAAAACAUUCAAUCUCCCAAGUUGAUUAAGACAACUGCAGCACAAGUGGCAUCCCCUCAUAUGAAAAUAGUAGCUCCACGAAAAAAUCAAAAAGUUUAUGUACCUGGAACACAGAUAAACAAACCUCCUCAACAGAAAACAAUUGUAAUAACUAACCAACAUAGUCAAACUGUUAGGAAGAUCCAAGGUACAAAUGAGGCUCUGUUAGAUAAGCAGGUUGCUGAACAGUUAGAAGCCAUUAAAGUUAGUAGCAUGAAGGCUCAGCAGAAACAACAAGAAGCCAAUACAAGAGCUACCCUUGCCAACAAAACACCUACAGUUCCUAUAAGAAAACCUAAUAUAAAAAGGCCAGAAUCUAAACAACAGGCAGUAGUUCCCCAAACUAAACCAAUUUACCCAUCCACAUCAACAAUUUCUGGUCCGUCUAGAGUUACUGAUCAGCGAGUUCCCCCAUUAGCUCCAAUUAAACAGGCUAAAAAACUAGAAGAUUCACUGAAACAAACAACUUCAAAUAAACCUGAAAGACCUCUUAACCAGUUAGUAAUUCAGGACAAUAUGGGAAAUCAAACAACAAUCACUGAAGGGCAAAUUUUGGCAUUGCCCAGUGAAACUGUUGAUGGGCAGCCUCAAUCUUAUAUGUUGGUGACCUUAGAUGAAACUGGAAAUUUAACACCUUUGAACAAUGAAGCCUUAAUGUCUUUAGACCCUAGUUUGGCAGGAUUGGCUGGUGGAGAUCUUAGUAAUAUGGUACUGCAGAUGGAUGCAGGAACAUCAAAAGAUAAUGUAAACCAAAGUGCACCUACAACAGUUCAAGAGAAACCUAAGCAACAAGCAAAACCACCAGUAGCUCCUCCUAAACCAGUGCAGCAAGUUGUGGCUCCUAUGGAACAAACAACUACCCAAGUUCAAGUGACUUGCAAUAUCAAUGGAGAGUCAGGACAGCAAUUAAUACUCACAGGAGAUCCUGUCGCUACUCAGAAGUUCUUAGAUUCUCUAAGUGAUGGCAGCACAGAUUUAUCAAAUAUAUUAGCUGGUGCUGAGGGAAAUUCAUUCUUGAUUCAAGCAGAUGGCCAACAGAUUUUAAUCAACACUGAACCUUCAGAAGCUCCUAUGGUGCAGCAUAAUACAAAUAUCAUUGAACAACAGGAACAAGGCAAUCCAAUGUUUUCAACUCAUCCUGUGAAAAAUCAAGAUAUUCUUGCAGCUGCAUUAGCAGACACAGAUGUCUUCCAGCAAGAACAAGUUACUAGUCAGGGUAAACUAUCCCAGAUGAGUCCUGGACAAACUUUGUUUCCAAUGAAUAUGGGUAACGUUCUAGAGACCAGUUUAACGUUAAAUUCCCCAAUUAUGACCCCGCUUGAAGUUCCAAGUACAAAUAGCAAAAGAAUACCGGAUGAAGAAGCUGACAUAUUGACAACACAUGUUCCCAAAAAUGUGGAUCUGCCAAUAACAAUAACAGAUCCGAAUAUUUCACAGACUGUAUCUCAUCAACAGGUUUUAAUGGCUGGUGAUCUUCAGAGUAAUUUAGAAUUAUCUCUACCAAUAUCUGAGACAAGCAUGUCAGUUACAUCAGAAAUGAACAGUCCAUCUUUUGUAUAUUCAUUACCCAAUUUAGAUGUUUCUGAACAUGCAGAAAUUAGUCAGAAAACUUUCAGCAGUAGUAUGCCUCUUCUAACAGAAGAUGUUGAAGAGUCAUCUGAAUUCGUUCCUGCACCUCUUAAAACUGUAACAUUACAAGAAUCUACAAUUUUAGGAAGAACAGUAACAUCCCGAAUAACAAAGACAGAUAGUUCGGAAAAAGGGAAUGAACAGGGCAUAGUGGAAUCCAUGAGCACCAGAGGAAUGGUAUCAGGUGGCACAUUCAUGGAAGAAGGCUUGUGUACCCUAGGCGCUGAAAUGUGCAGUUCCUUGAGUGAACCCCCCCCAGAAAUGUUUGAUAUACCAAUGGAAAAUGACGGUAUGAAUUUUUUAAACAAUAAAUCUAAAGAGAAGUCUAAUCUGUCAACAGUUGAAUCAAGAUUGUUAGCAGACGAUAGUUCUUUGGAAAUUCCUGUGCAAUCCCAAAUUAUUUCUUCUGAUUUCAAAGAUUCGUUGCAAUCAAGUGAUUCCUCGAGCUCUGUUUCCCAAGACAAAACACUGUAAAUUGGACUGAAUUUUUUAUUAAUGAGCAGUUGUAUAUAGCAUGUAAAUGUUUAUAAUAAAAUGGUCUUGGGGUGUAGCUGUAGUGCUGUCACUCUUACCUGCAGCUUGAUUGGUGCAAGCUAUUAAAUUUUUUUUAUGUUGAAAAAUUCUACUUUUGAAAAUAUUUUAUAAAGUUAUAUUUCAUUUUCUACAUGAGAGAAAUUCAUUCAGUUAAGAGUUAUUGCACUACGGAGUAGCUUUCUUUUCCUGAAAGAAUGUUAUAGUUCUGGAUUUUGUAAAUAAAAUAUUGUUAUUCAUGUACGAAUUGUACAUAACAAUUAUCGGAUUUCUUCUUAAACUCAAUUUAUAUAUGUUAUUUUAUUUUUUUUUCAUAUAUUUAGUUUGUAGAUAUAAAUAUCUAUUGCACACUUUCAAGCCUAUCUGUUAUCAUGAAUGUAUCUCUAGAUAGUAGGUCUCGUCAUUUGUGUGACAUUUAUACUGAAUCCAUUCAGUUCUGGCUAUUUUUUCAGUUAUUUCAAUUAUAGCGUAUUCGACUGGCUGCACCAGUGCGAUAUAAUUCGAAUUUUUGUCGAGCUAAGUGACAUAAUUAGCUCGAAUUAAUUCGAACUGGUACAGCUAGUCCAAUUCGCUAUAAAUAAGUAUUUAAGCAUAUAGAUGUCUCAUCUUCUAUAAGAUGUUAUAAAUUUACUUUAUGUAUUAUAGUUUCGUAAAAUAAAAGUUAACUAUUUCAUAA